AGAAUAGAACAACACAGAAUAGAAUAGAACAGGAAUGAAACAGAAUGUAAACACAGAAUAAGUAAGUACAAUGUAUUUUACCAACCAAUCAAAAUAAAAUCAUGCUGUGUGCUACUACUCAAAAAAGUGCAGUAUACAGUGUAAUACACAAAACAAAUGAAAAAUAAAUCAUAUAAAAAGCAAAUAAAUAAGUAAAAGUAAAUGUAUUUUAAAAGAAUCCAAAUUUAUGUCGUUUCUUAUGCGAAUAAACCUUGAACUUUGUGACCUUUUUAAAAAAAAAAGAAAAAAAAAGUGACGCUGACUGAGUUAGCCUUACGUGCCUAAAGACAUUAGUAACACAUUUAAUGCACGUUCACAUGAGAUAUUGCCAUUGGUCCGUAAAAAGAAUGGCCGUAAAAAUCAUUUUAGCUGCUGUUUGAUGACGCCAUAGACCACGGAAGCCAUUUCUUACAAGAAAAGCUACAAAAAGCGCCUUUUAUGUGAGAAAGGGAUUUCUCCAGCAGUGAAAUAGUUGCCUGACAAGCCGAGUGACGCACAAAGAAGUGAUGCUUAUUCAUGAAUGGACUGAAGAUAUAAAGGUCCAGCUCUCUGAGAGAAAAGUUGACAAGCUAAAUCCCCAGAAGAUCUUAUUGUGGGAAAACAGGAAGGACAGGAAGGACACUUCACUUUAAUGAGACAUAGGAAAUGGCUUCAUUCCCGACAAAGAGGAUUUUUCCCAUUGUUGAAAAUGCUUUUAAAGCAACCAAGAAGCACAAAAACAAGAAAGUGAAGAAGGAAAAAAAGGACAAGAGCAAAACCAACUGUGUGCCCAACUUCUUCUUGCAUGAUGGCUGCCAUGAGACAGAUUUGACACAAACGCAAAACACUAAGAAAAGAAAAAAGGCAAAGAAGAAAACCAAACUCAAGGAAGAAUUCCAACAACCUAAAAUAAAAAAACAGCCCGAAGAUAAAGACCAAAUUCAGCCCAUUAUCUUCAUCUCCCCUGAUCAGGAGACACAACAACCAAGUUCAACUGAGAAGGAUUGUCAUAAAAGUGUGAAAGAGAUAAGGAAGAUUAAAAAGAGAGUCAUCUUCAACCUGCCAACUGAGAAAAACCAGCCUGCAAAGACAAAUUACAAUGAAUUUGGAAAGAAGCAAGUUGUCGGUGAAAGCAGCUUGGAAUCCAAUACAGCUGAAGAAAUGAACAGCCAAGACCUGUUUAUCACACAGAAAUCAUUCUUGGAUCCAUAUGUGGAGAUCUCCAGCAGCUCAAGCUGCAAUGAGGCCACUACUGUGAAGGCUCCAGAGAAACAUUCCUGUAGCUCAACAACUGAAGCAACCACUCAAACCGAGAACUUCUUUACCUUCCCAGCGCUCUCCAGCUCUCUCAGGUUUCAGCAGCAGAACACAUCCAUGUGCUCAGAGGAACCGGUGGACCUGAGUUUGCCCGACAGAACAAGACGAACACACGGGCCAAAACAUCCCGCUGCAGAGUCUGCAAAUCAACCCACGCUGAAGAUAUCAGACACGUCGAGUGAAGACGGUGAUACGGGACCCAAGGCCAAAGGUGAUCUGCUCCAGCUGAAAGUCGUUCAGACUCGCUUGAACGAAUCUUUCUUUUUUAAGGUGAAGGGCGAAGAUUCACCAAAGCCCAUGUGCCCUUUGAUGAAGUUCAAGGAAAGUGUUGAGAAAAAAGCGAAGAAGUAA